AUGGCUAUCGACCACACGUGCCUCAUCGUCCCCAAGGACAAGUUCAAGCAGUGCCUCGACGUCUACCUCGCGGCCCUCAAGCCGCUCGGAUACGGGCAGCGACAUCAGUACGGCGAAACGCUCGUCGGCCUGGGCUCGACCAACGACCCGGUCAUCGCCGAUUACAGCCCCAGUGACUUUUGGGUCGUCGGCCAGGACAGCUCCUCUGGGCAUGCCGCUUUCCCCAUCCACCUCGCCUUCACUGCUGCAGACAGAAAGACGGUCGAUGACUUUCACGCCGCCGCCAUAAGGGCCGGAGCCAAGUGCAACGGGCCCCCCGGCUUGCGAAGCCACUACCAUGCCAACUACUACGGCGCUUACAUCCUCGACGCUGCGGGCAACAACAUUGAAGCCGUUUGCCACAAAGCCCAGUAA